AUUUCUCAAAUCUACAUGCUUUCAGAUCUGACAACAUUCAGAAGACAUAUGUCUGAAGAUCCGGUUGGGGAUGUCAUUUAUUUCAUGGCAAGGUGGACUUAUUUUGCUUCAAUGAAGCUUCUCUCCAGUAAGGACAAAUUCAUCCCUAAUUAUAAAUGUGAUAGCCAGGAUAGUACAGUUGCUGUAAUUGCAGGACCAACCUCUCACAUCUAUCAACACAUAGCCAACAUUCUGAGGAAUUAUAAAGUCCCACAGAUCAUCUAUGGCUCUGCUCCACUGAUGAAUAACUAUGACCAGGCUGAUUUUUUUCACCAAAUGUUUCCAGAGGAUGAUGACCAAACUAUGGGAAUACUCCAGUUGCUACUGCAUUUUAAAUGGAUAUGGAUUGGGUUAGUUUAUUUUGAAAGUCACAGUGGCGAAAGGUUUGUGCAGAAAGCAUACAAUUUGUUUUCCCAGAAAGGUAUCUGCUUUGAUUUCAUACAAGAUCUGCCCAAAGAAUCUUUUUCCGCUGAUAUAAGUAUAAUGAUAGAAGACUGGAUUGAAACAUUCAAAAAUAUCAUGAAGAGCACUGCCAAUGUUGUCGUCAUAUAUGGAGAAAAUCAGAUCAUGAUAUUUUUGAGAAUGAUUCCCUACGUUUCAUCAUUUGAAGACAUAUCUUUUGAAACCAAAGAUAAAGUAUGGAUUAUGACAGCCCAGAUGGAGUUCACGUCCCUUCCUUUUCAAAAAAUCUGGGGACUAGAUUUCAUCCAUGGUGCUCUAUCAUUUGCAGUUUCCUCAAAAGAAGUGUUAGGCUUUGAGGAAUUUGUUCGGACUCGAAACCCAACUUCCAAAAGCCAGGACAGCUUCAUCAAUGUCUUCUGGGAACAGGUAUUUGACUGCUCUUUACCUAAGGCUUUCGUAGAUGAAAAGAGCGGAGACAGAUGCACUGGGAACGAGAAAAUGGAAGAUCUUCCUGCAUCUGUUUUUGAAAUUGGUAUGACUGGCCAGAGCUAUAAUGUUUACAAUGCUGUUUAUAAUGUAGCCUAUGCUCUGCAAGCCAUGUAUUCAUCCAAAUUCAGACACCGAAGAAGUAUCAGCAAUGGAAAAAAGUUUCUUCAGAAUCAACUAUGGCAGCUCCAGUACUAUUUGAGAAGUGUUUCAUUUAACAACAGUGCUGGGGAAAAGGUCUCCUUUGAUCAAAAUGGGAAGUUAAUUGCUGCAUUUGAUAUUAUUAACUGGGUCACAUUCCCAAAUCAGUCCUUUAUUAGAGUCAAAGUUGGAAAGCUAGAUCCUUUGGCUCAACCAGAAGCGGUUCUCACUAUUUCUGCAGAUGACAUCAUCUGGCCCAACAUGUUUAAGCAGAUACGUCCUCUUUCUCUAUGCAACAGCAAUUGUCCUUCAGGUUAUAGGAAAACAAAAAUUGAAGAUAAGCCAUUUUGUUGUUAUGAAUGCCUUCCAUGUUCUCAAGGGAAGUUUUCAAACAAGAGUGACAUGGAGGAGUGUUUUAAUUGUCCAGAAGAUCAUUAUCCAAGCAAUAAACAGGACUUCUGCAUUCCAAAAAGUAUAAGCUUUUUGUCUUACAAAGAACCUUUGGGAAUCAGUUUGACCACUGUUGCCAUUUUCUUUACUUCUUUAACAGCUUUGGUUCUUGGAAUUUUCCUUAAGUAUAGAGACACUCCUAUUGUCAGGGCCAACAAUCGAAACCUUACCUAUACUCUUCUAAUAGCACUGUUGUUCUCCUUUCUAUGUUCUUUUCUGUUCAUUGGCCAACCAGACAAGUGGAUAUGUCUUUUUCGACAAAUUGCUUUUGGCAUCAUCUUCUCCGUGGCAGUUUCUUCCAUAUUGGCCAAAACAAUCAUUGUAGUACUUGCUUUCCUGGUUACCAAGCCAGGAUCUAGAAUGAUGAAAUGGGUAGGGGGGAGGCUGAGCCUUUCCAUUGUUGUUUCAUGCUCCUUUAUUCAAAUAGCUAUCUGUACUGUAUGGGUUGUAAUUUAUCCACCUUUCCCAGAUUUUAGUAUGCACUCGGUAGCAGAAGAGAUUGUAUUAGAAUGUAAUGAAGGUUCCGCUAUCAUGUUCUAUUGUGUCUUGGGAUUCAUGGGCUUCCUGGCAAUUGUCAGCUUCACUGUGGCUUUCCUAAGCAGAAAUCUACCAGACAGUUUUAAUGAAGCCAAGUUCAUCACCUUCAGCAUGUUGCUGUUUUGCAGUGUUUGGAUAUCUUUUGUUCCAACUUACCUUAGCACCAAAGGAAAAUACAUGGUGGCUGUGGAGAUCUUCUCCAUCUUAGCUUCCAGUGGUGGUUUACUGAGCUGUAUCUUCUUCCCCAAAUGCUUUGUUAUUUUAGUAUUACCUGAGCUGAACAGUAAGGCACACUUAACUAGGAAAAAAAGCAGACUUUAAAACCACGAAGUUUCUU